GAAGUUGCAUCUAUAAUUUGUCCUAACCUCUCUUCCUUUACAUACAACUCUUCUCUCCUCCUUCAUUUUCACUUUUCAAUCUGUGCAAUUGUUUCUCAGUCUAGUCCUUAUCUCUCAAACACUCCUUCUCCAUUAUUCACACACGCAAUAUAGUUAGAAAUUAAACCUGAUUUCUCCAAAAAAGUAGAAUAUAAUGUCGUCGACACAUCCCCAUCCCCGCCUGCUUCGGCCUCUUAUGCCUCGCCCAUUCAACCACACUUUCUGCUCCCUUCACAACCCUAAACUCAUCAACUCAUCCUCAUCACCAUGGAGUGAUUAUAAUAGAGGGGCGGCGGUGGUGAGCUCGAGAUGGAAUCCGACGCCGGAGCAAGUGCAGGCGCUUGAAGAGAUGUAUCGGCGUGGAACACGAACGCCAUCUGCUGAACAAAUCCAGCAGAUUGCUGCCAAGCUCCGAAGGUUUGGAAAAAUCGAAGGCAAAAAUGUGUUUUAUUGGUUUCAAAAUCACAAAGCUAGAGACAGACAGAAGAAACGUCGACAGCUAGAGCUCUUGGCUGCCAAAGACAAUCACACUAAACAAUCAGAAUUAAGCAGGAAAUACUCGGAAAUGGAGCAUCCUAAGAAAGUGGGUAGAAUGUCAAAUUGCAGCACAGCUUCAAAGUACUACGGAGGAGAGGUGGAAGAAUGUAAAAGAGAGAGUUGGGCAGAAUUGAAAUUGCAGCAACAGAGUGAAACAGCAAAUAGCAGAGACAGAGUAGCAUUGGACUUGUCAUCUUCAAGCAUCUCUCCCAACACAAAAAUUAUUCAUCAGAAAAUUCCAAGCCAAGAAGAAAAUGGCUACCCACUCAACAUCUGCAACCUGGAUGAUUUCGAAGAAAAUCCAACUCUUGAGCUCUUUCCAGUGAGUGCCAAUGGUUUGAGUUCCACUAAGAAAGAGAUGGACCAUGUUUAUGUUUCAACUAAAUUAGUUCCUAAUCAGUUUUUUGAGUUUCUUCCGACAAAAAACUGAGGCAGUGAGAAAACAUGUUUAUGUGUAACUUUGGUUUUUGCAGUAAUAUUUCAAGUUGAAAACUCAUGUAAUUUAGCCAAUACAGAACCAACCAAAUCUUGUCUUUUACCGGCAGUUUCCCGACCACAAAAUCUGGACAGAAUCUGAAGCAAGAAAGCGACACAUUAACUGAAACCAGACACUGCACAACAGUAUCAAAACCACUGCACAACUUUCUUACAACACAUGCAAUCAACUGUUUCUUUUUCCUUUUUCCUGCAUUGAUACAUGGAGAACAUAUCUCAAGGGAGGGAUGAAAUGCAAUGUAUUUUACAACACUUUUAAAAGAAUUUGAUAAUGUAUAAUUUCGAUCCUGCUCUA